UAUAGACUCGGCCCAGUUAGACAACUUCACCCUACAGAGAGAGACGGACGCAGUGCUCUCCUGCUCACAACCGCCGCCGCCGCCGCCGCCGCAAACACCCAGCUCUCCACGCCGGAGAGCGGCCAGCCCCGAUGGACUCGCCGCAGAUCCCCGACGAUCUUUUCCCGGAGAUCUUCCUCCGCGUCCCCGACCCAGCCGACCUCGUCCGAAUCUCGGCCGCCUGCGUCUCCUUCCGCUGCCUCGUCGCCAGCCGCUCCUUCCUCCGCCGCUACCGCAAGCGCCACGCCCCGCCCCUCGUCGGCUUCUUCGAUUUUCAGCGAGUCUUCCACCCCGCCGAACCUCCUUACCCCUCCGCUUCGGCCGCCAAAGCCGUCGCCCUCGCCGCCGACUUCUCUUUCCCCUUCCUCCCCGCCCCAGCCAGCGACUGGCACAUUUUUGAGAUCCGUGACGGUCGUGUCCUCCUCGGCCGGGACCCCGAUGACUUCGAGGAGCUGGUGGUGUGCGAUCCCUUGCACCGGCGCCACCUCCUGCUUCCCCGAAUCCCUGGACUCGACGAGUGGCUUCCUUCGGCCACGACCGGCGGGAUAGGAUGGCAGAUCUUCCUCCUGGGCGGCGGCGACGACGACGACGAGGCUGCGGAAGAGACGUCUUUCAGAGUGAUAUGGAGGGCAGAGCGCGAAGAUGAUGAUAAUCAGGUCGCCUUCGUCUUCUCUUCCAGCACCGGACAAUGGCGAGCUGCUCCGCCGGGGUCAGGGUUGGCUUCCUUCUCCUGGCGCCAAUAUGUGCAUGGCUGCUUGUACGGGAUGACAGAUUGCAGGGAGAAGCUGCGUGUGCUCGACACCCGGACGAUGGAGGUCUCACUCCUCGACCUCCCGCUGGAAGCCAAAGGUUAUGCUUAUGUGUAUGUAGACGUUGUGGAGGCAGGGGAGGGCAUCACUGGGUUGUUUGUGCGGCCAAGGGGGACACCUGACAUCAGAUACUUCACUAGGCGAAACAAUGGUGGGAGUUCCAGCCAGUGGCAGUUGGAGAAGAUAAUCUCACUGGAUCCUUCUCAGUGGCAGUCGGCGGGUUCACCAAGGCCAAACUGGUUCCUGCGUCACUCCGGAAGCCCAUCGCUUGAUGCUGGCCUUUUCUCACUGGAUGUCAAGACAUUCCAGCUUGAGAGGGUGCUUGGAUCAGAGCUUAGCAUGCUUUGCCUGUGGCCAUAUACCAACUUUCCACCAUUUCUGUCGACACCAGCAGUAUCAAGUGGUACUCAGGAAGGUGAUGAGAAGGAGAUGCUGGAACAAGGUGCGGAGAUGCUGCAAGCUGAAGAGCCCAUGGGUAGCCCUCACGACGAGAGCACUGCUGAUGACGUGGAUGCUCAAGGUCAGGCCGGUGUAUCAAGGACUGGAGAUGUGGCUGAUUGAGGUCAGGCCGGUGUAUCAGUGUAACUUGUGGCUCUGUACGUCUGUAAAAUGGUUAUCUUAACAUGGAGUUUAUCUUGUGUGGCUUAAUCUGGCAAUGAUUGGUUCGUCUGUCAGAUGAGGCAGCAAGAGCAGUACCUUCAUUUGGCUUUUAGUUUAAUUAUGACUGAUAAGUUGGAGUGAUUGUGAUAUUGAUGUAUGCCUGCGCCAUGAGUGGAACUAGUCGGGUACUAGGGAAACCAAGUGAAGUGGGCAUGUUUGUGCUACUACUCGUUUAUGGUUUAGUCAAGAGGAUAUGAUUGACCUUUUCUUUUCUUGCA